AUGCAUAAGCGGUUCAGACGUCUGCUGCGUUUGUCCGAACAGCAGCGGAAGAUCGCCUGCCACGUGGUACUUGCGGUAGCAACACACUCAGUCUUCGCGACGGUGAUUGCCAUCAUGCUGGGCUUGGCGCAGACGGGCGCGGCUGGAGCCGUAGGAGGAGCAGCAGCGACGCUGCCAGGAAUACUCUACAGCACUCCUAAUACAGUUUAUAUCCGCAAUCUUUCGCCGCUUGUUACAGAGCAGCAUAUUCGUCAAAUUUUUUCACUCUGUGGAGAUAUUUUGAACAUCGCUUUCAAGGCAUACUCGAACAAUCCUUCACAAAGGUACUGCGAACUUGAAUUCAAGGAUUCAGCGGGAGUGACCGCUGCCUCUCAGCUGAACAAUACCCCUCUACUCAACGUGCCCAUGAGCGUUUCAGUGGUGGAGCCCCCCGGAGGUGGUACAACCAUAAGCAGUACCAGACUGUCUCAGCCGACACAAGCAGCAGUUUCACCGGGUUUGGCAACUCCCGCAAAUCCUGCGGCCACUUCAGCACCAGCGCUUGCAGGAGGGGCUGCAUGUGCUGUUGGUGGUGCCAGUGUUGUUCCUGGUGCUACAAUGCUGCAGCAGCUCCAACAGGAACAGCUCAAGCAGCUACAGCAGCAGCUGUUGUCCGGAGGAAGUACCGCUGCUGCGUCGCUGCUCGCAGGCAUGCCAGGAGCACUCGCUGCUCUUGGCGGCCUCGUAGGAGGUGCAGCAGCAUUCGGCGCUAUGCCGUUGAACAGUCAGUUGAGUGUCGUUGAAAUCGCCAUGCAGAAUCAUAUGAGCAAUCUGCAGGCAGUACAGGCCGCGGCCUUGCAGGCGAAAAUCCUGGCAGAGAAGAAGAAGACCGAGUUAGGACUGGGAGUUACAUUGGGUCCUACUUCGCCUGGAGGACAGUUACCGGCGGCGGCGUCACUGGUCACGGGGUGCGGGUACAAACAAACGGAAAUGCAGCAGCUAGCCAAGACGCUGUUCGUGGAAGGCUUUCCUGAGACGUAUGAAGAAGAGGAAGUGCGACUGCUUCUGAAGGACUUUGGAAAUGCAGACCUGAUGAUGGGACUGCACGCAACCAAGAGAACCAAGUACGCCCUUGUGGAGUUCGAGACUGCGGAGGAGGCUGCUGCCGUCAAAAGCAUGGACGGCAAGCCCAUUGGAGACAUUGCUCUCACAGUGAAGAAUUCCCAAUCGGUAGUGACAUUUCGAGACCCAGACGGGGUUCUCUUCGACGUCCCAGCACCUCCAAUUCUUGCUGUGCUCAAACAGCAACAAUCGCAGGAAGUUCAGCAGCAGGAGCUGCGGCAAAAAUUGAAAGAGGCCGAUCAAGUGCGAUCUGUGCAGUACAUACCGUAG